UCGCAUCCUGCCCCCGGAGGAAGGAGAGGAAAAGCUCAAGAUCCACCCGCGCCUCCUAGCAUCGGAACCGCCGCUGCGCCAGAGUUGGGCUGCGGACCGGCUCCUCGUGAGCGGAGGGGAUCUGCUCCCGCCGAAAGCAGUUUUACCCAACUCCCGAGUUCCUCCGGCUCUUGGUGGCGUUCAUGCUCACUUCCAACCUCUCAACCCAGAAGUGCCAUUAGGACUGGAGUUAGGGGCAGAUGUCCACGGCCCCACUCAGCAGAAUGAGCAGGAGAGGCCAUACAUACAGCACGGCUGGCUCGCCACAUUUUGAAGCUGCGGAAUGACCUCCCUCUUCAUUUCCAGAUCAUUACAGAGUUGUGGAGGCAAAGAGCAGAAGUCAAAUCUGGGCUCUGUGACAUUUGAAGAUGUGGUCAUAUAUUUCUCUGAAGCGGAGUGGGCUCUGCUGAACUGGGCGCAAAGAGCACUCUACAAAGAGGUCAUGCAGGAGAAUUACCAGAAUGUGCUGUCGCUGGGCCGGACCCCUUUCUUGCCAUCUCCCGCUGCUUCGGCAAAGGACACCCAGGAGUCUCAGAGGCAAAGGGCCAAAUAUUGGAGCAAGGAAGAGAUUGGAGUCUUUGUCGACUUAUGGGUCAGCCCGGAGGUGCAAAAUGAACUCCGGAAUAUGUACCAUAACGAGGCAGUCUUUAACUGGCUCUCCAAUGAAAUGGGCCUGCGAGGCUUCAACCGCUCGGCUCGCCAGUGCCGGGAGAAGAUGAACGCCCUGAAGAAGAAAUUUAAGGAGGUCACCACGCAGAAUAAGUGCCCCGGAGCGGAACUCAGCACCAUGCCCUUCUAUGAUAAGCUAGCCACGAUCCUCCUGCACAGAAGGGAUGGCACCCCUCGGUAUGCUGUGGGCAGCGGGGCGCCAGAUAAGGGCCCAUGGCCGAAGCAGGCGGCGCUGGCUCGGCAGGCCUCACCCCUCGCUCCGGGUACUUCUGGCCUGGCAAGGCAGCCUCUAACAAUGGCGAGCCAAGCCAGGCCGCCUCCUCAAAAGCAGGCCCGUCUUCUCCAGGGGAAGUUGGGUCCUGCUCAGGCCGGCUGGGUGUCCGCCCUUCACCACCACGAGCUUUUCUCACAGCCCAGCGGGAGCGCGUCGACGCAAGCCGAGGAUAAGCCUCUCAGAUUGAAUUCCCCAGGGCACCUCGCUUUGCUCACUCCCAAAAUUGAAGAGGAGGAGCCCCAGGAGGAGCAGCCCAGCUCGAGCGGCAAUGGGCUCCCCGGCGGCCUGCCCCCGGUGGAGGUGCGAGUGGUGGACGAGCAUGGCGCCACCGUUGCAAGCGCCAUGUACAAGCAGUGCAAGGAAGAGCAGGAAGAAGAGAGUGAGGCAGCCCUGGAUUUGGAGCUCGACUUUGACACGAAGCUAAUAAGAGAGAUCGUGGCUGAUGGAGACCCUCCGGAGGUAGCCGAGGUCCUCGUGGACCCGAACGCACUGUCAGAGCUGUCGGAAGAGCCGUGCAGCGGAGGGGAGGGGGAGGAUGACUUUCCUGUGGAUUUGCUCCAGUCUUUUGAGGACCGGUUCUCCACCAUCCACGGGCUCAGGAAUGGCAGCCAUGUGCGAGAAAGACUGGAUCGGAAGCAGCCGCCGCCCAGGGAUCCAUCUCUAGCUGAGCAAGAGGGCAAAGUGCUUGAAAAUGCAGAUCCCGCCUCUUUUCUCCUGGACGGCGUGGGACACAUGGAUGCUCGCGUGGGUGGUGAUCGGGCUGCCGGUGCAGCGGAGGAGCCGUGCUUUGACUAUAUCCCUCCUGCUGUGGAGCUGGAUGAAAAGGCACCGUUGACCAAUGCACAAAGGGCUGCAAGAUUCAGAAACAAGAGGAAAGCGGAGAGAGCGCAGAUGGCCAAAGAUCUUAUUAAGGCCACCAGGGAAACUGGGGAGCAAAUCCGAGAGGCUCUUUAUGAACUCGAUAGCAAGGAAUCGGAGAGGCGGGUCGACGACCGCAGGGUGGCCGUCUGGUGCGCAAGGCACAUCGCGAGGAGCAUACGGGAGUCCAGCCAGACGAUGGCGACAGCCAUGCGUGGCUCCGACGCGGCGCUCCAGAAGUGCAUGGAGAAGUACACUGCUGCCCUAGAGAGGCAAACGACUCUGUUGGAGCGCAUCGCGGACUCAUUAAACGCACAAGCAGUGGCUCCACAACCUUCUCCAAUUAUUCCCACCGAUAGGAUACGUGCGGCGUCCCUGCAUUCAAGUACCAUACCGGCCCCUUCCCUUCCCCAGCCCACGUGUGUUGAGCAAGACCCUCCGCUUGCUGAGAAGUCAGCCGGCGAACGAGGACGAGCUACUUAGGAAGCGGGGACGGGAGGUUAGGUGGAAGUAGCGGUGGGCCGCAAGGGUUGAACAGAAGGUUGAAGCCGCUGCAGCUUUUGCAUGGUUCCUCUUCUCAAGGAAAAAACGGUUCUCGAAGCAUUGAAAGGGGAUAAGAUGACGGUGGUGCUUCCAUUUACUGUCUACUGUAGGGGCGGGCAGAAUGUACACCUCCAGAUGUUUGGGACUUCAACCCCCCCGUAUUCCUGACCACGGGCUGUACUAGCAAGGGCUUCUGGGAGUUGAAGUCCAAGGCCUCUAGAGAUGUAAUUUUGCCCUGGCCCUGGUCUACUGUACCAUGCCUAUGAUCAGUGUUCUUUAGGCUUUUCUUUGUUAUGCUACUUGAGAAAGUGGUGCUGUUUUUUGCACCUUAUAGCAAUGCCUUUAUACAGGUCGAUGAUCUUUAUGGUUUACCAAGCCCGGAUUCGACCCGGCAUUUUUUUUUUAAAUAGCACUCCACAGUGCCCAGUUCUUUCUAGCCAGAAUUGCUCAUAGUGGCUACUUUGCAACCAUUUUGCAGUUGUAUGGAAAAUAAAAGUUAAAGUCCUCUUUUUGAAACAUGCAACUGCGACAA